AUGGCGUCGCGCAAGCGGAAAGGAUCCGACGCUGCGACCGUUUCCUCCCGCCUGAACGAGGAUGGCUUCGACGGGGACCUACUCGAGGGCAUCUUGUCCCAGAGUGACGACGAUGCAGACGCGGGCGCAUUCGAGGCCGACGACGUUGCCUCGUCCGCAUCCGAAGACGAUGAGAAUGGCGUCUUCAGCGACGACGAUGAAGAUGAGGACGGCGGCAGCGCCGACGAGGAGGGGCUAAGCGGCGAAGAUGACCACGGCGACAUGGAAAAGCCCAAUGAGCCCAAUUAUCGCAUCUUGACCGACGCCAACGGCGGCGAGCGCUACGAGUACGACGAGAUUGAUCCCGUCUACGAUAGCGAUGACAGCGAUGCCAAAGAGCCCGCAAAUACGAUUGGCAAUAUUCCCCUAUCGUUCUACGACUCUUACCCACACAUCGGGUACGACAUCAACGGCAAGAAAAUUAUGCGCCCAGCCACGGGAGAGGCUCUCGAUGCUCUCCUGGACAGUAUCGAGUUGCCCAAGGGCUGGACCGGUCUUACUGAUCCGCAGACGGGCGAGCCGCUCAACCUCACUCAGGACGAACUUGAGCUGCUGCGGCGCCUACAGAUGGGAGAAGUCCCUGAGGAUGGCUACGACCCAUACCCGGACCUGGUCCCGUACUUUACUAGUAUCGAGGAGAAGAUGCCGCUCAGCGCAGCCCCAGAGCCGAAACGCCGCUUUGUCCCAUCCAAGCACGAAGCCAAGCGCGUAGCCCAGCUCGUGCGAGCCAUACGGGAGGGUCGUAUCCUGCCGUACAAGCCACCCGAAGAAGUUGAGAAGGAGAAGGAGGACGAGGAAGAAACGUAUUACGACGUUUGGGCCAACGAGGAACCUCAGGAUCCGCACGUCAUGAACAUCCCGGCACCUAAGCUCGCGCCUCCCGGCUACGACCUCAGCUACAACCCCCCGGCGGAAUACCUGCCCACCGACGAAGAGCGGCAAGCGUGGGAGACUGCCGACCCUGAAGAUCGCGAGAAAGAGUACCUCCCAAACAAGUAUGACUCGUUGCGCAAGGUUCCUGGCUACGGCGAGUUCGUCAAGGAGCGAUUCGAGCGGUGCCUGGACCUGUAUCUUGCUCCCCGCAUCCGGAAAAACCGACUCAACAUUGACCCCAACUCUCUGCUCCCCAAGCUCCCUCGACCAGAAGACCUGAAGCCAUUCCCAACCGUCUGCCAAACAAUAUUCAGGGGCCACGAGGGCCGCGUGCGAUCUGCGGCAUUCAGUCCCGACGGCGAAUGGGUUGCCUCAGGCGGCGACGACGGCACUGUUCGGGUGUGGGCGCUCAAUGGCCACCAGGACUGGAGCGUGAAGCUCACAUCCGAGGAGCCUGUGGAUGUGGUGAGGUGGCGACCGAGCAGAGAGUCCUUCAUUCUGGCUGCCGCGGCCGGUGAAGACAUUUACUUCAUGGUUCCGCCCCUGUGCAGCGACGCCGUCGACAAAGCGAGCCGCGAUGUGCUGGAUGCUGGGUUCGGUUAUGCCGCCAAUGGCGGUGCUAAUCCGGCCGUCACCGGGAACAAGGAGCCCACGGCUCGGUGGUCAAGACCUGGGUCUAAGUUGGAGGAGGCUGGCGUGCUCCUCAAGGUGACCGUCCGGGCCGCGAUCAAGACCCUUAACUGGCACAGGCGCGGUGACUUUCUCUGCUCCGUCUCCCCCACCGGUCAGCGAAGUUCUGUUGCCAUUCAUACCCUCUCAAAACACAUCAGCCAGAUUCCUUUCCGCCGUCUACCGGGCCUAGCUCAGACGGCCCAAUUUCACCCGUCCCGGCCGCUCUUCUUCGUCGCCACCCAGCGUAUGAUCCGGUGCUACGACUUGCAAAGGCAGGAGCUUGUCAAGGUGAUCCAGCCGGGCGCGCGCUGGAUCUCGUCAUUUGACGUCCACUCCGGCGGCGACAACCUCAUCGUCGGGUCCUACGACCGUCGGCUGCUGUGGCACGACCUGGACCUGUCCAGCCGGCCGUACAAGACAAUGAGGUUCCACGGGCAAGCCAUUCGCUCAGUCAAAUACCAUAGGGGGCUGCCGUUAUUCGCCGAUGCGAGCGACGACGGAACGCUGCAGGUAUUCCAUGGCAAGGUUGUGAGCGACCUGAUGGAAAGUGCCACCAUUGUCCCGGUCAAGAUGCUUCGAGGACACGCCGUUGUGAACAAGUUGGGAGUGCUCGAUACUGUGGACAUGACAAACGAGCACAGGGACGAUGCAGGCGCGCCGAUGCCGUAG